UGCUCAAUUGUGUCCGACGGCACACUGCAAAAGCAACAAUGAAGCUCGAUCCUGCUGUUCUGAAGCUGCUACAGCUUGACGCUGACACCACGUCUGUCUCCUCUGCUGGUGGAGGAGGCUGCAGCUCUGCGUCGACCUCGAAGAUCAUUUCCAAGCUCAACGAUGGCACUGAGAAGGCCUUCUUUAUGAAAACCGGUAGCGGAAGUGCCGCUGAGAUUAUGUUCGAAGGCGAACAUGCAUCGCUCAACGCGAUCAAUGCCGUCGUCCCAUCACUAUGUCCACAAUCCUUCGGCCAUGGGAAGUUCGAAUCAAACCCAAAAACGUCAUUCCUUGUGACAGAAUUUUUGCACCUCACCGGCCGUUCGUCCUUGAAGGGAAAAGCACCAUCUCUAGCACACAAGCUGGCGAAACUACACACAACGCCAGCGCCAACACCAGAUGGCUACGACAAGCCAAUGUUUGGCUUCCCUUCGACAACUUGCUGUGGUGACACGCCUCAAGAUAACAGCUACAAAGGGAGCUGGACAGAUUUCUAUGCCGAGAAUCGAUUGCGCUUUAUUCUACGAAGAGGCGAGAAGGCCCAGGGCUCAGAUAAACAAUUUCACAAUCUCGUCGAAGCCACCGCAUCACAAGUCGUGCCUCGUCUGAUAGGUGACGACCACCUCAACAACGGAAAGGGGGUGACACCAGUUGUUGUGCAUGGUGAUCUCUGGAGUGGCAAUGCAAGUGUUGGCAUCAUUGGCAGCAAAGAAGGUGAGCCAGAGGAUGUAGUCUACGACUCGUCUGCUUGCUACGCGCACAGCGAGUUUGAGCUCGGUAUUAUGAAGAUGUUCGGUGGCUUUGGUGGUAGCUUUUUGAAGGAGUAUCACGAGCUUUGUCCGAAAACAGAACCGGUCGAGGAGUAUGAGGACCGAGUAAAGCUAUACGAGCUCUAUCACCACCUGAACCACUGGGCAAUGUUUGGCGGUGGGUACAAGAGCGGUGCGGCGAGCAUCAUGAAGUCACUGGUUAAGAAGUACGGAGGAGAAGGCUGAGGCAUGUUGUGGGUGCUGCAAGCGUGUGGCAUUGACUCGUCAAGAUAUACUCGUGAAUGUACGGACCCCUGAUCCUGCAGGCUAUUCAUCCGUGUAUCGUACCCUCUUCCCCAACCGCCUUCCGAAUCCAUAGAGCCUAAGAAAGCCCAGCAGCCUGGAUGGCGAAUGUAGCAGCAGAGUCAGCAACGCUGCCGUAGCUGAGAUGACUGCCAGUGGCGCCACCAUCACCGCCUCCACCGCAGAUGGUGUCGGAGGUACCGCAGAACUGCUUGACCUUGUCGGUGGACAUACCAGGGAGAGCCUGACUCUUCAAUGGGUCGCCGAACAUGACGGCACCUGCGACGUUGGAUGCAGAGACACCGUUGGAGAAAGCGUUGUGGACGACCAUACCGCCCUGACUGUAGCCAGAGACGAUGACCUUGGUGCCAGGGCACUGCUUGAGUGCCUGCUGGACGUACUGAGCCAUCACCU